AUGGCCAAAGGCCGAGGCGGCGGUUCUAGUGGAAGUGGGAGUGGUUCCAUUCACGACAGUUGGAGUGCGCCAGGAACGAUCAAGGCCGCUAUGGCAUUCGAGAUCAUCUACUUUGUCGUCAUCCUCGGCGAGUUUAUCAUCAUCUGUCGACGUCUCCGGCUCGUCCCGCCUGGCCGGUAUACACGCGCGCCAUACAUCCUCCUCGCGAUCGUCGCGGGUGCAUUGGCCUUAUCAUACCUUGUCUCGGCAAUUGUUACCAGAAUCAGUUCUUACGAGCUCGGUAUACCGGACCACGACUAUCCAAUCGAGACUAUGCGAGGCUUGAACACGUUCGAUUGGUUCUUGAAAAACAUUGACGCUUCUUUCCGACCCGCAGUCUGCCUCUGGCUUAUCCAUCUUCGUGUCAAUCUGGCAGGAAAAGCCGAGGGUAGUACGUCCACUCCGUGGAUGGAACAUUUAUGGAAGCGCAUUGUCGACUGGUCGCUCGUAGCGAUCAACUUCAUUAUCGAUACUUGCUGGAUGGGAAUCAUAGCGGAUGGCUACAUCUUCUACACCUCAAAUUAUCUGGUUCCCGCCAAUUUUUUCUAUUACACGCGCUCUUGGCGUGAACUCAACUUGGCAGAUCUCUCUAUAGAGCUGAUCCUAACACUCAACGUGAUUGUGUCUUUAAUUGGGCUGGGAGUCUCCCAGAAGAAGAAGAAAUUCAACGACGCGAUAUCUACAAGACUUCUUGCAAUAGUCUUGCCUUUCCUGAUCAUCGGCUUUUUGGAAACUCUUAUCAUUCCCAUCCACUGGCAGACAACCGCACACACCAUACCCGGCUUGGUGGGCACUUUCCACUUGGACUCCUACCUCCCGAUAUUUCUCGGCACCCCGACGGAAUUUUUCCCCACGGAGUUGGCCGGUAUUAUUAUCAGUGGUCUGUGCAGAGUUGGUAUCAUUGGCGGUCUUCUCUCUACGAUGACGAUUCCCAACACAACGUGGUCUCCAGCAAUCCCGUCUGAUUCAGUUGAAGCCCCUGGAUCCAUGUCGCAGAAGCCGUCGCAAUCGUUGCAUCAGCCAUCCUGGCAGAUGGCGCCUUUUGCCCAGGGACGAAACCCACAAUAUCAACCGCCGCAGUACCCACCACCCACCCGUUAA